AUGCGAUUCUGUGCAGCUAUUACAGUUGCAGCCAUUGCAGCCGUCUCUAGUGCUGCAAGCUGCCCCUAUGCAGAGCGUGCCGCUGCCGCUGCCGCCGCCCCAGGUUGUCCGUAUGUAAAGCGUGCUGCUGAAGCUGCUGCGCAAGAUGCCCAUGGUCUCAAGCUAUCCAAGCGCGGAGCGAUUAAGGGCAAGAAAGGUAUAUUUUAUAUGAACCGUAUUGGACCAUCGGGAUCACAGUUGUGGAUUGCAAAUGCCGAUGGCACCAACAAGACUCAAUUGAUGGGCAACCAGACCAAUGCCUUUGACUACCACCCCUCAUGGUCACAAGACGGCGAGUGGAUUGUCUUCACGAGCGAGCGUCGUGGAGCUGGUCAGUCCGAUUUGUAUCGCGUGCGGCCGGAUGGAACAGGGCUAGAGAUCCUUGCUGAUACAAACUCUGUCGAAGACGCUGGUGUCCUGUCGCCAGAUGGAAGUCAAGUUGCCUAUGUGUCGACACAGGGUAACUAUACAACCAAUAUCUGGGUCAAAGAUCUGAAAACUGGUCUGGCGCACAACUUGACUGAUACUGCUGCCACCCGUAGCAGCAAGAUCUGGCCCUCUGGUCACUUUCGUCCCUCUUGGUCUCCUGACGGAGAAUGGAUUGCCUUCAGCUCUGACCGUGACACUGACUGGACUGGUCACAGUAACGGUACUGGAUGGGAGCACACACAGAACCUGGGUCUGUAUGUGGUCAAAAAGGAUGGCCGUGGUUUCCGCAAGCUGGCUUUCCAGGACGGUUAUGCACUUGGCACUCCACAGUUCUCCGGCGACGGAAAGCGUGUCAUCUAUAAUAACAUCACUCGGGAAAACACCUACUAUGCUCAUGGUGUCUCCGCACAGCAGGAGUUCAUUGAAUCCCAAAUCUACAGUGUCGACUUUGCUACUGGCAAGACCAUCGUCGCCCACACUUCCGGCAGCUACCCUAAAUUUGGUCAGCACUACAUUGGAAACUCUAGCAACAUUGGCUACUUCAUCAAGGCUGGAAGCUACGAGGGAAUCCACUACACAAAGCCCGACUCUACCCACAAAACCUUUAACCUGACCAACCUCCGUGACCCCUGGUGGUCUCCUGACGGAUCGAAGGUGGUAUACAGUAUCCCCAACUGGACCCAACAAGCCGCCGACCUAGAGCUAUUCAGCUACGACAACGACUGGGCCUACCGCUACAUGGACGUAUUUCCCACACACAACACAGUCGUCAACCGCAUCGCAAGUACCCAAAAAGUCCUCGGCAGUGCCAACGGCUCCCUAGUCACCUCGGACACGCUCUACAACGACGUAACCACGGCCCUCAACUCCUACUCCAUCUACUCCAACAGCAACACCACCGAAGUCGAAUACCUCACAGAAGGAGAAGCAGGCGCCUUCCAACCCACCUGGAACCCAGAUGGAACCGAGCUUCUGGUCGGUUUCGGCGGCUGGUUCGCUGACCGUACCAUUCUUCCCGCCGCUAUUAUUCACGCUUACGCAAAUGGUACCUCCUUCAGUACCCUAACGCACAAUACAUCCAUCAACUCAGGAUUCCCCUCCUGGUCCCCUGAUGGAUCGGCUUACGUAUAUCGUGAGUGGAACAUGGAUACAGGCGCUCCGGAGGGUUUGAAAAUUCACAAUUUCACGACGGGCGAAACUCACAGUCUGACGAAAGGCUGGGAUAACACUCCCGGCUGGUCACCUGAUGGUGAGAGGAUCGUUUUCACCCGUAACAACAACUGGACUAUCUCGUAUGGAUCCCGCUGGUAUGAGGAUCGUUUCGAUAUCUACACCAUCCGUCCUGAUGGGUCGGAGUUGACUCGUGUUACGGAUAGUUUGUCCAACGAUGCACACGCUGUCUGGUCCCACGAUGGUCGUAUCAUGUGGAGUACGGGUAUGUACGGCUUUAAGGAUGAAAGCUCCUUGUUCGACAACACUUUCCAGCCUUAUGGACAGAUUAUGGUCAUGAAUUAUGAUGGUACGAACAAGACUCUACUUACUGAUACUAUCUGGGAAGAUUCGAUGCCGCUUUACAUUCCCAAUGAGUAUCUUGAGUAG